ACCACAGGAUCUUUUAGUGUGCAACCUGCUGCAUGAAGGGGUCUUCAGCAACCCAUGGCUGACAGUCGCCAAGAUGCAUGCUCUGCACACGUUGUUGCUUUUUCAUGUUCUGACAUACUUCGGAGGAAAUGCACUUGGGAGUGAAAUCAUAAAUGGUAAAAAGACCAAGCAGAGCUCGAUGAUGUAUAUGGCGUCAGUGCAGGACAAGGGACGCAGACAUGUAUGUGGAGGAUUCCUUAUCAGUGAAGACUUUGUAGUCACUGCUGCGCACUGCGACGACUGGAAACCUACAAGUGUUGUUCUUGGUACCCACAAUCUGAAGAAGGUUAAUGAUGAAACCAUGAGAUACAAUGUGAAGAGGUGCAAACACCCAUUUUACAAGGAAGUUGCAUCUGGGAAUGACAUCAUGCUCCUCAAACUGUCUAGGAAAGCUCGCCGGGGCAAAAAAACAAUUAAGCCACUUCAACUUCCAAGUCAGGACCUAAAACUGAAAGAAGGCAAAAAGUGCAGAGUAGCUGGAUGGGGCUUCACAAGGUCUCAUGGUGAAAUUGUUAACGAUCUGCAAGACGUGGACGUUCCUAUCAUUAACCUGGAAAAGUGCCAGAAAGCAUGGAGAAAUAAACUUCCUGCCAAUGUUACAUGUGCCGGUGGAUAUGGCACAAAAAAAGGAUUCUGUCAGGGUGAUUCUGGUGGCCCUCUUGUGUUCAAGGAGAAGAUUGCAGUUGGUAUUGUUUCCUUUAACAGCGACUCUGACUGUAACUACCCUACCGGUGUGCCCAACAUCUAUACAGACAUAUCAAAAUUUGUCCUCUGGAUAAAAGAAAUCCUCCAGAAAAAGACCUGUUAAACAGAACAAUGUUACAAAUUGGUUUUGAAUUGUGUUUGAAUAAACUUUGAUUGUACUGAUGCA